AUGGGACAACAAAUUCUACAUCCCUGCGCGACUGAGACUGCGAUUGGAGUUGAAUAUGCAGACAGAAAGGCAGGUAGUCCUGGAGAAAAUUUACCUGACCUUGUGCAUAAGUUCAAGAGUGGUGUCAAGCUUAUCAAGGGCGAUCCUGUAUAUCCCAUCCGGGGUUUGUGCGACGCUGUUGUUGGCAGGCUCGAUAUGGCAAAAAGCGAGGUGGAAGCCAAUAUUGCAGCUGUCAUAAAGGCUGCAUGUGCACAUAGGAAUCCCGCUCCAGGACCUUUCAUGAAUAGAGCGCUCCUUAUGACAAUACCCGGAGAAGAAUACUAUGCUUUGGAUAUUAACGCUUGGUUACCUGUCCCAUCGGCAGAAGAACUUGAAAAGCUGGAGAAGCGCCGUAACAGCGCCGUACUACUCGUAGUGUAA